ACAGGUGAGUAACAAAACUUGUCAAUAGAAAAACAUGCAUGGAUGAAUGCCAAUUAAAUUAUAUUUUGAAGAAAGUCAAACGGUGGAAAUGGUCUCAUCGUCUUCACCUUUCUAUGUUGUAUUAUUACCUUUUAUUAAGAAAAAAAAAUAAUAAAUAAAUAAAUAAAAGGGAACUUGAGAUUCUCAAUAAAACGGAUAGAAAGCUCAGAAAAAAGGAAAAACAUGUACUGAGAAGACUGAUUCUCUGAUACGAUCCAUCAUGAAGAAGAAGGGCAAGACACCUCAACAAAGGACGUGGCAAGGAUUUCAACAGCAUUGGGGUCCAUACAACGUUCCUUAGCAUUAAGGAACUACGUGUAAAGGAGAAAGGAUUUGCAAAAGACAAUUCUCCUAGGAUAUGAGGGAUCAUGAUGGCCAUUACUUGUGGUAGCAGACAGAGAACCGAAUAUGUAUAAAGAAAAGCCAUUGGCAUUGUAAGAAAAUACAGAAUAACAUCUACCCUCGAAGCUAGCAAUUGUUCUAUCCAGGUUAUUUGAGUUUUUCCCUAUCACUCUCUUUCGCAAGUACGAGAGAGCGUGAGCGUGUGUGGUGGUGGUGUAGGUGUCUCUCAUGGCAGCGGCAGCUCGGUCAAUUGUGGGGUUCCCAGGGCCGGAGCUAGUGAUGAAGUGUUGUUUCUCAGCCUCCCCUGUUUCGACACCUUACUCUGUUCCUUCACCUCCUCAUCAAAGAUAUCAUCAGAGUAAUAAUGGAUGUUUGCUGACCAUGAAUGGAUGCGAGGGAGAUCCAAGAACCCCUAUUGGGACCAUCGAGACUCGCACUUUCCCAGCCGUUCCUACCCCUGCAUUGGCCAUGGAUCACCUCAACUCUGCCAUCUCCGAGUUGAAAUCCGACCCAUCUCCUUCUACUUCUGGAAUUAUCCGUCUCCAGCAGUUCGAAGCCAUCGGUUGGCUCCAUGAGCAGCACCAUCUUCCUCGUUGUUACUUCUCUGCUAGAUGUCAGAGUUCCAAUCUCGAUCUCUUGUUCGACCCUACUAAUGGAAAGUUUCAGAGCUCUGAGAAGAAGUUGGUCAGUGUUGCUGGCGUGGGAUCUGCAGUCUACUUCCGGGACUUACAUCCCUUCUCUUUGGAUGAUUGGAAGUGUAUAAAGAGGUUCCUCUCUAAGGGUUGCCCACUGAUUCGUGCCUAUGGGGCUAUUCGGUUUGAUGCAAUGGCUAACAUUUCUCAUGAAUGGGAAGGUUUUGGUUCGUUUUACUUUAUGAUUCCUCAGGUUGAGUUUGAUGAGCUUGAAGGAAGUUCCAUUCUUGCUGCAACUAUUGCUUGGGACGAAACACUUUUAUGGUCUUGGAGAAAAGCAGUAGAUUUGCUUCAAACUACAAUGUGCCAGGUCUCUUCUGUUGUUGCCAAAUUACAAACAGAAGUCCCAAUAGCAUCCGUCCUUCGCAACAAUCACGUUCCCAGGAAGGAUUCUUGGGAUGUCACUGUUAACAGAGCUUUACAAAUGAUAAGCAGAGGUGGUUCAGGACUAACGAAGGUUGUACUUGCACGCAGUACUAGAGUGGUUGGAAAUAAGGAUAUUGACCCUCUAGCAUGGUUAGCUUGUUUACAGGUGGAAGGACAAAAUGCCUAUCAAUUUUGUAUUCAGCCACCUGAUGCACCUGCAUUUAUUGGAAACACUCCCGAGCAACUAUUUCAUCGGAAAUACUGUAGCGUUUGCAGUGAGGCUUUAGCUGGAACUCGUGCAAGAGGUGCAUCGGAGGCUCUAGAUCUUCAAAUAGAACGUGAUUUACUUUCCAGUCCUAAGGACCAUGUUGAGUUUAUAAUUGUACGAGAGAGCAUUAGAAGAAAGCUAGAGGUUAUAUGCGAUAGGGUGUUGGUAGAACCUAAAAAAGCAAUUAGAAAAUUCCGAAGAGUACAACACCUCUAUGCUGGAUUGUCAGGAAGGUUAAGAAGUGAAGAUGAUGAGUUUGACAUCUUGUCUUCUCUUCACCCUACUCCAGCAGUUUGUGGAUUUCCUACAGAAGAGGCCCGCCGGUUUAUUGCAGAAACUGAAAUGUUCGAUCGUGGAAUGUAUGCUGGCCCAGUUGGCUGGUUUGGUGGAAGGGAGACUGAAUUUUCUGUUGGGAUUAGAUCUGCCCUGGUGGGAAAGGGUAUUGAUGCAUUAAUUUAUGCUGGAGCUGGGAUAGUUGAAGGGACUAUUUCAUCUUUGGAGUGGGAAGAACUGGAAUUGAAGACAUCCCAGGUCUCUCUCUCUCUCCACACACGUAAAUUUAUGUGUACUUAUAUAAUAAUAUCUAUUUAAUAGAGAGAUCAUCUAUGUGGUACAAAUCGUUUAUGGCCAUUGUCUGCAAAAGGCCAUGGCUAUUUUUUAUACUGGUGUCUCUUCUUGGCAGUUCUCCAAAUUGAUACGGUGUGGGGUGCCUCUUAGUACAGAAGUGAUAAUAUGAGGGAAAUCGAAUGGAAAGGUUGCAAUUCUGAGUAUGGCUUUAUGCUUUAAAAACUCUUGUUUCAUAAUUUUAUACGUUUCUUUCUUUUUCUAAACUCUUCUUUGCUUAAUUCAAUGAUACAUAAUCUCCAAUACCGAGUACUUGUAUGUGGCCACAAUGCCAGUAUCCUAGUUCAGUUCUCAGGGGUUGUUCAGUAACCUGUUUGAUCUUGAAUAUUCGGCUCUCUGAAUAGUUGUAUGCAGGGUUUAAAUUAUUGUUCCAUAUCGUAUCGGUAUUGGUGGUUAUCGGUACAUAUUGUAUCGACACACAUAUCGGUAUCUUUAGAAGGGUUACUAUAUGAAAUGUUUAAAGUUUCGGUCCGUAUUGUAUCGGUAUUGGUGGGUAUUGGUACACUACUCAGUACUGAUACUUUAAACCUUGGUUAUAUGUGUGUCUUUGUACAUGUGUGGAACAUUUUUUUUAUCUGCUUUCAGGUUGUAUGACAGGAGUGAACAUAGAAUUUGGCUUUGUACUAUGUCCUGGAGAUGUUUCUGGACUUUUUUCAGCUAGUUGUUAGUACCUUAAGAGAGAAACUAGAUGUUUAGAAAAGGGAAAAGGGAGUGUUCUGUUUCCAGAGUUGCAGCAGAUUAAGAAUCUAAAUUUGAUCAUGUAAUCCUUACUAAAAGAGAUGAAUUUGCAUGGUGGCAGCUAUCAUAACAAAGAAACCAUAAAGCUCCAUCAAGAGGAAGGCAUCCAAUUCAAUCAGCUUACAUGCAUAUUCUGAAGUCAACCGUCACCAUGUAUCGCCCCAUUUUAUGUGGUCUUCAUUCAAACCCCUUAUUUGUUUUAAUUGAAUUCAUAAGCCCUUUUUUUUUUUUGUGAAAAUUCAUAAACCCUUAUUGGGACAUAUAUGAUGGCAAGAAGGAAUAGUUAUCAAGGAAUAAAUAUAUACUAGUUACUUUGCUUUUUCA